UUUUGAUUAAAUGCAGCUAAUCGGCUAUGGCCUAUGGUUCUGAAAAUCAAACAAGUUUGGCGGUUUGCCUUUUUUUUUGGUAGAAAGAUUAGCGGUUUGGGAGGGCAUGAAUGCAUGAUUCUCGAUAUUUAUCGUUUUUCUCAAUUCUCCUGAUGGUAAUAUAUUAGGGUUUUUUCUUGGUAUUCUUGUUCUUUUUUUGGUAAUCAAUAAUAGUAUGGAAAAUUGAUGAAUAUUUUAUUAUUUUUUAUAUAGUUUUAUACUUUUCAGACAUAUAGUUUGGGAAAAGUAUCUCCCAUAUAGUUUUGGGGCGGGAGGGUCAACAAUUUACCUUUGCCUCUGUUGUUUUUCCCUACAAAAAAAGGCCGAGAAUAUCUGAUCUCUCUUGUUCCUUCACUUUCUUUCCAUUGUUGCAACCUAUUAAGCUCAGAGGUAAUACUAGGAGUUCAGUAGAUUGCGAAGAGCUUCCGAACUUUCAGUGCAAAUGGGGUACAUUGGAUCACAUGGAGUUGCUGCUCUGCACAAGUAUAAAUACAGUGGGGUGGAUCACUCCUAUGUUGCAAAAUAUGUAUUACAACCCUUUUGGAGUCACUGUGUCAAUCUUUUUCCUCUUUGGAUGCCACCAAAUAUGAUAACACUUACGGGUUUCAUGUUCUUGGUUAUAUCUGCACUUCUUGGCUAUGUGUACUCACCUCAUUUGGAUUCAGCUCCCCCAAGAUGGGUGCAUUUUGCACAUGGAAUGCUUCUCUUCUUAUAUCAGACAUUUGAUGCUGUUGAUGGGAAGCAAGCAAGGCGUACAAAUUCUUCCAGUCCACUGGGGGAGCUUUUUGACCAUGGAUGUGAUGCACUUGCAUGUGCGUUUGAAACCUUGGCUUUUGGAAGUACUGCCAUGUGUGGAAGGAGCAGUUUCUGGUUUUGGGUCAUUGCAGCUGUUCCAUUUUAUUGUGCAACAUGGGAACACUUUUUCACAAAUACACUUAUUCUUCCAGCAAUAAAUGGUCCUACAGAAGGUCUCUUGCUGAUUUAUGUGUGCCAUUUUUUUACAGCUAUUGUUGGUGCUGAGUGGUGGGUUCAACACUUUGGGAAGUCUAUGCCAUUUUUGAGUUGGAUACCGUUUGUUUAUGAAAUUCCAACAUACAGAGUUGUGUUAUUUCUAAUGACGGCUUUUGGUGUUAUACCAACAGUUAUAUUCAAUGUCUACAAUGUUUAUAAGGUUGUUCAAGCAAAAAAAGGAAGCAUGUUAUUGGCAUUAGCAAUGCUUUACCCUUUUGCUGCCCUUCUAGGAGGAGUUCUAGCCUGGGAUUAUUUGUCUCCCUCUGAUAUCAUGGGAAACUAUCCACAUCUAGUUAUAGUGGGAACUGGACUUGCAUUUGGAUUUCUCGUGGGAAGGAUGAUCCUCUCUCACUUAUGUGAUGAACCCAAGGGCUUGAAAACUGGAAUGUGCAUGAUCCUCUAUGUUGUUGCCUAAGGCACUUGUCUGCCUCCAAUAUGAGAGAGGGCCAUGUUGCUCAAGCUCCUGGGACCAAAGGCAAGUGUACAAUCUUGAACACGUGAAAAUUUUGAAAGGGAAAAUUUUAAACUAAACCACUUUACCAAUGGCCUCACUGCUUUGCAUUGAUUGCCAUCAUCUUGUUUCUAUUAUCUCCACCUGUGAUUUUUUUUUGAGUCUAUUACCUCCACCUGUGAUUGGUUAAGAUCAGAAAGGAUUAAGGCCUGAAGGGGGUGUGGGCAACUGUGGAAGGAAACAAAGAAAGGUGGGGUAACUUUUGUGGGUUAGGAUUUCAGUUUUUUUUUAUUAAAUAUCCCUCUAUUUUCUUUUUUUUAUAGGAACAUUCUGUUAGUUGCCUGCUUGUGCACCUUUCAUCUGAUGAGUUUGGGUGAAUUAGUGGCUUCUCAUGACUCAUGAUGACACAGAGAAGCCCUAUAGGGAACUUCAUAGAGGAUCAGGACCUAUGUUUCUUUAGGUAUGUUAUUUUAGAAAAUGUUGUGUACUAGCCUUCUAUUUUAUUUUGUAUUUAUUUUUGUUCUUUUUUAAUCAAUAACUGUAACUUUCAUUAAUUAAAGAUGAGAAAAAAGUGUACAAGUACAAUUAGAGAUAAAACAGCUCAUCUCCAAAUUCAAAAUAUUACAAUUAAACCCAAACAUUUGAUUUCUCCCAACCCUUGUUUUGCCAAAGCAUCCAUACCCCUAGUUAUCCAUUGGAUUCAUUGAAUCCAUACCCCUAGUUACAAUUAAACCCAAUCAUUAACUUUAGUUCUGCCAUUCUUUGGAUUCAUUGAAUUAUACAUCCAUGCCCCUAGUUAUCCAUUUAAUCUUCUUUAACUCAUUUCUAUACAUCCAAAAAUCACCCCCUUUGUUUUGCAGUCAUUUAACCACCAGUUGAGAAUCCCCUUCUAUAAUCAGCUUAUGCACAUCUAACUCCUUUGCUUUGAUUACUCCUUCCACAGUUACCAUUACUUCGGCCUUUGUUUUUGCAGCCAUUUAACCACCAGUUGAAAAUCCCCUUCUAUAAUCAGCCAGCUUAUGCACGUCUAACUCCUUUGCUUUGAUUACCCCUUCUAAGCUACCAAUUACUUCAGCCUCCAUUAAUCCCCAAUGCCAAUCGGACUUUAGAAAAUCUCCACCACCUGGCCUAGCUCAUUUCUGAACAAACCUACACCUGAGUGGCCUGGAUUCGCCCUACUACUGCCAUCAAUGUUCAGUUUUAUGUACCCCUCAGUCAGUGGUGUCCAAGAUAUACUAAUCUGGGACUUUAAAGAUGAUAAGUUAGCCACUUCCUAUAAAAGUCAUCCACCCAGAAAUCUGAAAACAGCUGUAGAGGAUUUUUUCUGGAAAAUGGCUUGAUUUUCUCCCAUCCCUCCCUCUUUCUGGUUAUUGAGGAAUCUAUUUUUAGAAUCCAUCAUCACAAUCUGCGUUAUUCCCUCUGACAUCCUAAGGGGUAUUUGCAGCAUGGAAUUUGUUCCACUAUUCCUCUCCAAGGUUCCAUGUUCUAUAUUAAAGCAUGAAUAAUCAAAUCAUUACUUACUAUCCAAGCCCCAGCUCUUUGGUAUUCCCUACCAUUUUAUGACAUACAACUUGCAAUAAAUCACCUUUUUCUGGGAAAUUCAUCUGUUCUUCAUUUGAUGCAGAUAAACGAUUUUCAUCUGUUCUUCAUUCCUCCCAUCUUUCUGGAAAAGUCUUUAAUAGUUUUUAUUUUUCCUUUUUAAUUUCUUUUAUCCAUACCAUUCAUCUGUUUGAACAUCCUUGUCUUGAUUACACUCAUCCAUGGAUAUCUUGCUUCUUAAUUAGUCAAUUUUCUGUUCCAUAAAUCGUAAUGGUCUUAUCCCAUACAACUUCCUUAGGUUUUAAUAUUAUGAACUAGUUUUUUCUUUUUAUAUUUGAUGAAACAACAGUAUGUGCCAGUUGUACAACCCUGAAAUGUCUUUCCACCUAAUCCACUGCUACUGUAGUUUUUAUAGGUGACAUCCUCUUCACUCUCCUUCAUGGACUUCACUUUUUCCUUUUUGUAUUUCUAUUUCUCUUAAAAAUUUCUUCGAGUCUAGGACGUUUUUUCAACAUUUUCCAAAAUAUGGCAAUAUAUUUGUGACAGCCAUCCAGAGUACUA